GCGAAAUUAAAGUUAUUACGUUUGUAUAUAUUGAUAAAGUGACUAACAAUAUCAAUAAUAAUGGAUGAAAUGCUGAAAGACUCGCGAAUAAUGGAUAAAAAGCCGAAAGACCCGCGUUUCGCACAUAUUGCAAAGGAUCCAAAGUUUCGUCGCAUUCCCAAAGCUAAGAGAACAGUGAAAAUUGACGAUCGAUUUAAGGGUAUGUUUAAAGAUAAAAAGUUUAUCAUGAAGUACACUGUUGAUAAGCGUGGUAGACCUGUUAAUCAAACCAUCACCGAAGAUCUUAGAAAAUAUUAUGAUCUGUCGAGCAGCGAAGAUGAAGAUACAUCUGUAUCAUCUACAAACAAAAAAGACAACAAGAAAAAAGUGAAGGAUAUCAAGGGGAAGAAAAAGGAUAAGAAAAAGGAAAUCGAAUUAAAAACUGAGAUAGAUUCCUCUGACAAAAGGAAUGAAGAUGAGAAGAAUAAAGAUGUUUGUUUGUUGAAUCAGAAAAAUUUUUCUGAACUGAAAACAAAAGAGGAGUCUUCCAAUGAAGAUGAAUCCUCAGAUAAUGAGACUAAAUCUGUCCAAAAAGAAUUUUCUCAAGCAGAGCUAGAUAAAAAUAAUAAGAAGCUUCAUAAAAGGAGAAAAAAUGAAAAUAGUAUACUUACGCAUGAAAUUAAAGAGAAACUGAGAGAUCUUACUGUAAAUUAUGCUAGAGGUGAAGGUGUCCUAUUAAGUGACAGCUCUUCAGAAGAAGAAUCAUAUGAAGCUAGUGAUGCUGAGGAAGAGAUUGAACAUAACUGGGGUGAACUGGACAAAGAUGCUGAAACGACAAAUGAGAUCACAUGUCGAUUAGCUAUUUGUAAUAUGGAUUGGGAUAGAAUACGUGCUGUAGAUUUAAUGAUUUUGUUAAACUCAUUCUUACCUAGUACUGGACUCAUCUAUUCAGUUACAAUUUAUCCAUCGGAAUUUGGUCUACAGCGAAUGAAAGAAGAAGAAAUUAAUGGACCAGCAGAGCUGAAAGACGAAGCUGUUAGAAGUAAAGAUGAAAUUGAAGAUGAUAAUGAAGAAGGUUCAAAAUAUCACAUGGAAAAGUUGAGACAAUACCAAUUGAAUCGAUUAAAAUACUAUUAUGCUGUUGCCGAAUUUGAUUCUACAGAAACAGCAAACAAAGUAUAUACAGAAUGCGACGGUAUUGAGUAUGAAUCGACUGCAACUAGAUUAGAUCUUAGAUUUAUACCAGAUAAUAUGACAUUUGAUCAGGAAUCUAAAGAGGUAUGUACUGAGAUACCUGAACCCAUCAAGUAUCAACCACGACAGUUUACGACAACGGCAUUACAACAAGCUAAAGUUCAAUUAACAUGGGAUGAAACAAAUCCAGAUAGGCAAGAAUUUACGCAGAAACUGAACUCAGGAAAACUACAGAAUAUUGAUGAAAAUGAUCUACAAACAUAUUUGGCAAGCGGUAGUGAGGAUGAUUUAGAUACAGAAGAAAAAAUAGACUUAGCUGAAAAAAUAAAUAAUAAUUCAGAAAAAGAAUCAGAAGAAAAUAAUGAUUUAAUUGGAAAGUAUAAAUCUUUACUUAAAACUAUCGAAGAAGAAGAAGAGGCAAAGAAAAACAAAGAUGUAGAAUUAGAAUUCUCAUGGGGUUUAGAUAUCAAAGAAAAAACUGAAAAGUUUGUCAAAGAAAACAUGAAAAAUAAGGAAGAACUUACACCUUUUGAACAAUAUCUAGAGAAACGUAAGGCAAAAAAGAAAGCUAAAAGAGAAGAAAGAAAAAAGCUUAAAGAAGAAAGUCAGAAAAGUGAUUCAGAAGAUUCUGUGCCAUCUGAUGUAGAUAUGAAUAAUAAAUAUUUUGCGAAUGAAUUAAAAAACAGUAAAUUAUCCCAUGAAAAAGGAAAGGAAGAUAAUGAAGCUGAUAUCGAUUCAUCGAAUGAGCAGGAAAGUAGUCGAUGUAAAGCCGAAUUGGAGUUGCUUCUGAUGGAUCAAGACGAAGACGAUAAAAAACAUUUCAAUAUGAAACAAAUUGAAGAAAACGCAACCAUGUCAAAAUCUAAACAAAAACGUCUUAAUAAAAAGAAGACUGUACGAGAAGAAGAAGCGAAGGAAGAUAAUUUCAAAGUUAAUGUUAAGGACUCAAGAUUUACCGCUUUGUUUACGUCACAUCAUUUCAAUAUUGAUCCUGCGGAUCCGCAUUAUAGAAAGACAAAAGGUACGGAAGCAUUAAUUAAUGAGAAAUUGAAGAGAAGAGCUGAAAACGAAGCACACACAGAAAACGACAAACAAUUUAAGAAGCCAAAAACAGACGAAAAAUUGCCAAUGGAAUUACAAGCUCUAGUUAAAUCUGUUAAAAGAAACACACAAACUAUCACACAGCCAAUAAAAAAAUAAUUAUAUUAUAAUAAUAUAAAGGAUAAUUAUAUAAAAGUG